AGGCAUGGGAGACAUAUAGCCUGAUCAUCGACAGAAGAACAAAAAGAAAAGCGAAACAAAAAAGCGAUGGGUAUGGUGUUUGGAACCAUGAUCGUCGGUGCUAACGAUCCCAUACCGAAACAUAAACGAGGUAGAGGAAGCAGCAUCCUCGCAGUGUGUCUAAUCCUACUUUUGUUCCUAACGCAAGCAUUUGGAGCAAAUGUAUGCAACACUGCCGGGGGAGGGGGAGGACGGAACAUGAUGCAUGCCGGAGAAGAAUUCGACCCCAUGCACGAAGAUGUCAGUUAUGACGACAACGAUGGUGAUUUAUGAUUACGGCACCAAUCCCCUGAAUCGUCUCAUAUUUUCAAUUUCCAAUAAUGAUGUGAUGAACAAUGUGUGUUUUUCUUUCUAUAGUUUCUUUCGAGGAAAGUUAACGUUUUGUUCUUUUCUA